GAAGACGACGAUGAUGAACACCUUGGGAAGGGCGAUUCGGCCUGCCCUUCGGGGCGGGAGCGAAGCGCUCACGACAGCCUCGCGGCGCCACAUGAGUGCCUCCUCGACGCUGCUGAAGAGUGGCACACCCAAGACGGACAAUCACCGGGACGAUGGCCCAGGCGCUCGUUCGAAUGACAGCACCUCCGCACUCGACUACAAGCUUUCCCACCGUCUUCGAAAGCUGCCCCCGCUCCCUUCGCUCGAGCCACCGACAAUGGAUGCGUCUGAAGCCGUGUCCAACAUCCUCUACAACACCCCCGCGCCGUCCAAGCAGCCCUUUAAGCGCCACAUCCUCAACACGCUCGUGCAAAACGAGCCGGGUGUCCUGUCGCGUGUCUCGGGUACCUUGGCCGCCAGGGGCUUCAACAUCGACAGCCUCGUCGUGUGCGCGACUGAGAUCCGGGAUCUCUCGCGGAUGUGCAUCGUCUUGCGCGGGCAGGACGGCGUCGUGGAGCAGGCGCGUCGCCAGCUCGAGGACCUGGUGCCCGUCUGGGCUGUGCUCGACUACACGCAGAACCACGUCAUCGAGCGCGAGCUGAUGCUCGUCAAGGUCAGCAUCCUCGGCCCCGAAUACUUUGAAGAGAGCCAGUACGGCCUAAGCGGCCCGGCGGCCCAGCAGACGAACCAACACAUCCCUCCCGAAUUGCUGGCAGAGCGAAGACAAGGCAGCCAGAGCGGCCUUCAACGGCCGCCGGCUCCCCAAGACCCUGCCACGGACGCGGCAGCUGCCGUCGGGCAGCAGGCCGCCAGCGUCAAUGUCCACGCAGCGCCGGCCAUGUCGCCGACGGAAGCUCUGCGCGUCAAGUCGGACAACAUGCGCAGCGUCAUUGCCCUCGCCGAGCAGUUCCAGGGCCGCGUCGUCGAUGUGAGCUCGACGAGCGUCAUUGUCGAAAUCAGCGCAAAGAGCAGCCGGUGCGAUGCCUUCCUCAAGCUCGUGCGGCCCUUUGGCCUGCUCGAGUGUGCCCGCAGUGGAACGAUGGUCCUGCCCCGCUCGCCAAUCACCUCUUCGUGGACUGGCAAUGACGAUCUGACCGAGGAAGAAGCCGCAGAGGUCGACGCCAGCCUCCUUCCUCCUGGCUGAUCGCGUCACUCUCACACAUACAGAGCUUGCAUUCAAUGUAUUCGUCUGAUACUCGUCAAUCAGCCCAUUGGUAUUUUGGUUCUGCCUAGCAAAGCCCGCCAAGUGC